GCCGAACGAGCGCCGGGUGGCUCGGCCCAGAAAGCGUGCGCGGGCCUGUGGCGCUGGAGGAGCUGGGAGCGCCCUCGCGCCGGCCCGCCCACACCCUCGUUUAUUUCCGCCUCCGUUCCCGAGGCCAAGAGGUCGCCUGUCAGUCGCCCGGCAACAUCUGUUGGAUCAGCUGCACGAGGGACUUGCCGCGGGGCGUCACCGGCGCCUCCUGGCCCGUUGUACGUCCGCCCGGCCCGCCGGCCGUGCUCCCGCCCGUGUCCCCCGGCUGGUCCGGGGGAUCCGGGCACCGCCUUGACGGCGGCUCCGCCGGACCUGCGGACCGGGCCACAGCCAGCACCCCGAGUGGACGGCGUCAUGAGGCUCCUGCCUUACUUCUGCCGCGGACAAGUGGUGCGGGGCUUUGGCCGCGGCUCCAAGCAGCUGGGCAUCCCUACGGAGGAAAAGGAAAUUCGAUCCAGAAUGUGGAAUGUUAAUCAUGGCGAAGUCCUACAAUCCUCUAACUUUCCUGAACAAGUAGUAGAUAAUCUUCCAGCUGAUGUAUCCACUGGCAUUUAUUAUGGUUGGGCCAGUGUUGGAAGUGGAGAAGUCCAUAAGAUGGUGGUGAGCAUAGGAUGGAACCCAUACUAUAAGAAUACAAAAAAGUCCAUGGAAACUCAUAUCAUGCAUACCUUCAAAGAGGACUUCUAUGGGGAAAUUCUCAAUGUGGCCAUCGUUGGCUACCUCAGACCAGAAAAGAACUUUGAUUCUUUAGAAUCACUUAUUUCAGCAAUUCAAGGUGAUAUUGAGGAAGCUAAGAAACGACUAGAUUUGCCAGAACAUUUGAAACUCAAAGAAGACAAUUUCUUCCAGGUUUCUAAGAGCAAAAUAAUGAAUGGCCACUGAUGAAAAAUCAUCUUAUUUAUUCAUUCACUGUUUUCUAGUAUUUUACUGGUCAUAACUAUUCAGUCUCAUUUUGGUUAUAUUUUAAAAAUCAAACAUUUUCUUAUAACUGUGAAUUAGUUUCAAUAGUACAAUGUAGUUACCUUAUUAUGCUUCAACUGUUUAAUUCAACCCAUCAUGCUACAGUACUAAAAAGGUUCAUUUUAAAAACCAAGAUUCAUUUUAUGCAAUAUGUUGAUUAAAAUUUACCACCAGGAAGGUUUUAAGUGUCUUGUAAUGGAAAUGAAAUGUAUAUAACUGGGUAAAAAGACAAGUCACUAGUUCGAGAUGAAAACUAUUAAUUCUCAUGGUAAAAUACUAACCUAUGUACUUAUAUAGCAUGUGCUGCUAAACAGAAGGCUUAUAAAAGUAAAUGCAUUAAACAGUCUGAUAGUUUAUUAUAAACCUAAGGGGGGAAAAUUCAUACUUUGUAUUUUUGAUAUUUUGUGCGUUAAUAUUAUUACAAACAUGCUGAAAUUUGAAAUUUUAUUUUAGUGAUUUCUUUAAUGAGAGCAAAACAUUGUAUUGUAUUGAUUUUUGUUACACCUGCCUUAGUUCUAAUUGGUCUAGACUCCCUUUGCCUAUCAUUUUUUGUCUGUCUUUUAAAACAUUAAAAUGAGUGUUUUUCAAAUUUGUUUGUCUCAUUUUUCUGUUGUAUAACACUUAUCUCUUUUUAAGAGUAGGUAUUCAACAUUUUUCUUGACUUCUUUUUUUUUUUUUAAACAAUUGUCAACAUCAGGUUUUCCAUUUAGAAUAUCCUACGACUUACAAAGGAUUGCAUCUGUCUCUACCAUUCCAUCCCUUCACUAUAUGAAUAGUGAUUAAGUGCACAUCUGUAUUGCAUUUUAGAAAAACUUGAAAGCUUCAUUUUUAGGUUUCCUUAAAGUUUAAAUGAACAUGCAGAAGUUUACUCAGAUAUUCCAGUUUCUUAAAGAACACAGAAUACUUGUUUUUCUUAUUAGGGAAACUUUUUAAAAGCCAAUUAAACUUUGAAAAAGAAUUAUUUAUUUUUAAUAUAAUUAUAUGUUCCUGAGCAAGCAAACUUGAAGUUGUGAAAAUACAACAUAAUUUAAUGAUAAGAGUGCUUGUAGCUUGGGGAAAAGGUAUAAAUAUAAAGUUUUAGUUAAAUCUUCAUACUACACAUUUUUCCCCCCUAACAACUAAGAGGUGAAUUUUGGCCACUUGAAACUUAUUUUGGCAGAAAAUUGAAAUCUUUUGAUACUUAGGAAGUUAAGAUUACUGAUUGUUGGGUCCCUGAAAUAGUACACUGCCUUAUUCACUUUGGCACCAGAUUAGGUGGGUGAAUGGAAACAGGUACAUAGAAGGUAUUUUUAAAGAUAAUGUUAUAAAUCAUUUUUUCCUAAUCACAGAGAACUGAUUUUAACAAAAAUACAAAGUAUUAGAAUAACAUCUAAAGCUGAUGGAGAAGGCAAAGCAUGGAUAAAUUCAGUUGGGUUGUUUUACCUUUUGGUGUAUGAAUGUAUGGUGAACUAGUAUGUGUCUCAUUUCUCUAUAAAAGGACUUAGGAAAUGUAAUUUAAUGUUAGAAAUCCUAUACUUGAAAUAAACCGCAAUUAUCAGUGGCUUUAUGAAACUAAGGUAAAUAUGGAAAGUGUAAAAACAGAUUUGUGUUUGAAUAAAUUACUGUUAAUUAUGUCUACAGUAAGUGAAAAUUCUUUGAUAUUUUGUCACCUUACAUUUUGUUAAAUAGCCAUGGCUUUUGAAAAAUCGCAUAUUAUGAGAGUUAAGAGUUAAUAGUGUUUUAUAUAUUAAAGUGGUAUUGUAAGAAAUUUCAGUAGUACUGUUUGAUUAGUUUAAAUGAUUUCAGGCUUUGAAAUAAAUCUUGACUAAGUGA